GCUUAGCUUAAUAUUAUCCAACAUUAUAUUUGUCAAAAUAAAUUGAACAGGAAUCAGUCUGUUUUUCGAGGUUUCUAGGAAUUCUAGGAAAAACCGGAAGAGUUGCAAGUCAGGGAUCUGUUAUGUGUUUUCGUGGUGUUACCCACGUUGUAAUGAAAGUGUCGUGUGUCCAGAAAUAUUUUAGAAAGACUAAAGCCAUUGGGAAAUAUGUUUUUGACACACUUAUUAUGAUUAUUAAGGACGAUAUUUUUGUUGGCGCUUAACACACUUCCUUGGUAGAACUUCGAGGCACGGUAACUCCAGCACAGGUGCGUACUCGUGUAACAUUGUUUUAAUCUGUCAUUAUUUUUAUAGCGUUGACGAAGCAAAGCAUCUUCCGAUGCCGUGGCUAUUGUCGUAAGUCGAGGUUGACGUAAGCGAGACGUUCUGCCACGCAAUGUUGAAGGCUAUCCGCUCGACAUUAUCCUUGUCCUGUAACUUGAAUAAGGAGAUAGCCACACGAAUUGGCAUAAGUUUGCCGGUAGGGGGGGUGCCUCAAACUUCCGUUCGUGAUACACACAGCGUCAGGAAUGGUGGUCUAAUGAAUUUGCUUGAAGAGCAGUCAUUGUGGAAUCUGAUUAAGUCAAUGUUUAGCCAUGCAUCAUACACGUUAUACGACCAUUGGGCCUUUAACCAGCUCCAGAUUGUUGCUGAGUUGCGAAUUACACCUGAGGAUUAUCUCUACUCUGUGAGACAUACUCUCACCGGUCGAAUGGCCAUAUGUCGCAUACUACGCCGUAAAAUCGCCAGGCCUCACCGCAGAAUCUUCGAGAUGGAAAAAAAGUGUUGGCAUAGGGUAUCUUUCUGUGUGCAGGUGCUAACCUGCCAAGUUUAUUAUCGAACGAAAGAUCUCGAAGUUUUUAUUUGUGAAUAUUUCAACGGCAGUCUGCUUAGCGAGGUGUUAGCUGAGGGAGUCAUUCAGCCCCACGUCGCCAUGAAAAUAAUAUCUCAGGUGGCGUUCGCCAUUUGCAGUAUACACAAUAUGGGGAUGAUCUUUCGUGGAGUCGCACCGCAAAAUAUUCUCGUCGACGCUGAAGGCAACAUUCGUCUAUUUGAUUUUCAAUUUGCAACCGACAAAGAGUGGAGCUUUUACCCAACCGGAUUCUUGCCGUAUAUGGCGCCGGAAAUGAUAGAAGGCAAGAAGUCAUAUGGACCGGAGGUGGACUACUGGGCAUUGGGCAUAUUGAUGUACGAAUUGACAGUCCGCCACAGUCCUUUAAGUGUUUUCUGUCGAAUCGUUGGACUUGAAGAUAUUCGAGAUCCAGAAUACUCGAUGCUGCUUUUAGACCACAUGCCGAUCCGAUUACCAGGGAAUAUAGAUCCCAAUGCCAGGGCACUAAUGCGGGAACUUCUGCACGAUAACCCAAGGCUCAGAAUUGGCUGUAGACGUCGGGGCUUUGAAGAACUGAAGAAUCAUCCCUACUUUGAUGGAGUUGCGUGGGAAACUUAUCUCGUUUCACCAGGGAAAACAAACGCUUUCAACAAAACUUUAUGAUAUCAAGCAUCAAAUAGCUUUUGGCAGAUACUUUCCUUUCUACUAACGAAGAUUGAAGGUAGCUGUAACAUCUCUCGUGUUGUACAUUAAGCUAUGUACCCCAAGUAGCUUGUUUAGGGAAUUUACUUUGCAUAUGAUUACAAUGACUAUAUGAUAUUUAGAUUUAUCGAACACACACUUUUUAAACGACGCGAGUCCCAUAUGGAGUCAAAUCUAAUACUUGUAGAAAUUCUAGAUUGUGUGAAAGAGCAAACGCUCAUUUGCCUUUGCACAAUGUAUUUCCACAACUGUUAUGAGCUGUAGGCCAGGAAACUGAAUGAUGAAUCGACACCGUUCGGAUUAAGCGGGCACAAACAUUGAUAUAAGAAUAACUGCUCAUAUCAAGCGACUUCAGUUUCUGAAGUCGCUUGAUAUGAGCUGAAGGUGAUAGCGUAUUAGAGGUGACCGGACUAUAAAACAAGUACAGAAGUACAGCCAGCGACAGACAUAAGAGGAAGAGGACACGCAAGGAUAUUACGUUGUUCAUUGCUUAGCACCCAGUAUCAUUCUGCGCUGUGACGAUACGGUAUAACUACCGCAUUGGUUUUAUGGGGAAAAAUAACUGCAGUUAGCGAAGGAGAGUAUAUUUAUGUGAUAGCCACCGUGGAUAGUGACGGCAAGCAUAUUAAUGUGGUAGUCAUGUAUGGUAGACCACCUGAAGCUGAAAAUACGACUUGGCUCAUCGAUGCAGUUCGGUGCACUGGCCUCCCGGAUAGAAUCCUACAGCUACUACUGAAGACCUUAAAGCAGCGCUAGACAAGCAAACGGACAAUUGGACAACUGCUUUACUCUAAGAGACCUGGGUUUCUAACUGGCGAGAUUUCAUUCUCAACCUUCAAAGGGACCUAUGGGCUUUUCGGUAACAGAUGUCCUCGAAACAAUCUUGUUUGAAGCAAAAAUUUAAAAAUCUCGGCAGAUUUAUCUGCCGAGAUCACGAAAACGGGGAGAAGCAAUCUUGUGAGCAUAGGUGUUACGUCAUGAGCUCUAACACGAAGUAAACUAAACCAAGAUCGUCUUCUCACGAUAUUUCUAUAUACGCGGACACCAGUCAUAAAGUACAAUCAUUUCCUAACUACACCGCUGCAGUGUUCAUCAAAAAUAAAGCAAAAAAAGGUCUUGCUGAACGAUGAAUCCUCAAGAACCAGCGCUUCAUUAUAUCAAACUAGGACUCUAGCUAUCCUUGGACCCGAGAUGCGAAACUAUCGCACGCCGCUUAGAACGUUCUAAAGGCGCACCCUGCAAAAAGCAAAGCAGGAGCAUAAAACGUGCACUAACAGUAAAACUCUGUCCUUUAUCGCACACAAACAUGCUCGUAUUUGUGGCUACGGAACAUACGGAAAAUGGAUGUUGCGAGUCUUAUACACCCCGUGGGUCUAAACCGCUUUGAACAUCUUAAUAGUAAUACGUCAUCCAUCAAGAUAUGCUUGUAUUCUCGAACGCUUGGUUAAAAAAUACUUGUUACCGGCGAGCAGAUCUACGACGUUAUCACAGUGUAAGAUAUCAUUGAGGCGAUACAAUUUUUGUAAACUAGCCACUAUGCAGAACCUAACGAUAUUUAAAACGAACAUUUUAAAAAAGCCCUUAAAGCCUUUGCUGGACGACAACGAUGUGCUUACCUACUAAGACUAGACCAGCGGCUUGGAGAAAGCGAUUGCUGACACUAAUGACUAAAACUCGAGGAGAAGAAUCGACAAUACUCAGCACUAUUUUCCCUAUGUUUGGGCGGGAAACAAUAAAGGAAUGUAAUGUAUAGAAAUUAUUAGCAAGUCCUCUGUUGCGACGAUUGACAUUACGUCGAGGUAACAAGCAGAUACUACCCGACAAGCGGCGCGAAUUUCGAAUGGAAACAUCGAGAAAGAUUUUACGUAAUAAUUUUACUCCCAAAGGGCGCGUUCGGAUAUAGUAUGUUUGACUUCGGGUCAGAGUUAGGGAUGUGAGUACUCGAAAGAUGGCGUAACUGGAAAUUCGGGGAAAGAUUCUGAAUAUAGUGAGGGAUAUUGAGACUAACAAUACAUGACGGCUUGACAGAAGAAAGUUUCUCUUACGAAUGGCUUCACCCAGAGUGAUAUCAUCAGAUUUUAACCGUAAAGAUAGACACCUGCUAGCAAAUAUGAAAGUACGCGGACAAUCUAAUUUCAAAAGCAGUAGGGUUCGAUGCUGCGUACUGCAAACCAUAGGUGCCCUCGUCUCAGGCAUAGAAAUAACACAUAAGACAAAUAAGACAGAAAUUUUUACGGGGAGAGCGACCAGCCAAAUCAGACACGUUGUGACUCCACGGGUAUGGAAGUAGCUCUGUUUAUAUACUCCGGCGUUUCGUUGAUACCAAGCUUAGAAUCACUUCGAGUGUAUAUCGAACAGAGGGCGCGUAAGGCACCAAUUUCAAAAACAGCAACCGUUAACCCGCAGAGAUGAUCAUUAAGGACUACGCUGAAGCUGUUUCAAACGAAAACAGCGCCGACAGAUGCCUAAGGUCUACAUCCUUAUUGAGCAAAUCUAAUAGCGCCGCGCACUUCUCAACACUGGAUAGUUGGAGUUAGGCCUACUUUUCCUGGACCUCCACUCUACCACGAAGAACUCGCCCGCCUGCUAUGUGGAAGACACUACUAUUUGUUGAGGAAUCCAGGAAACAGUAUGGGCUACCCGAAGUCCAGGAGUAUGAAUUCAAUGAGGACGAAGUGGCUUAUCGAUUUACGAUUCUUCGAAACGAACUGUAAUGGGUAGAAUAAUACGUCGAAAGCCAAUUGCUAUAUAGUUAUUAGAUAUGCAACACGCGGGUUUUAGCCUACAUUUUUCCAGUAUAGAAAGUUACCACAACCUUAUUGGCAUGUGCUUCUAUGAAAACUAGAAUUUAUUAUACUCCCGAGACCAUAGAACUAACUAUAAUAUGAUGCCAUUACCUUUGACGCGACUCAUAAUAUUACAUAUUUUUUUUAGACUUCAGACGAUCUCAUACAUGUUAUGCUUUUAUGUAUACAUUUUAUCUAGUCUAAAGUGAUAAUAAUUAGUGUGCAAUUUAGAGAAUGCAAUACACUGCAUAACCUUCUAUAAUUAUUUUACAGAUAAUUUCUAGUGAAUUGUCUAUUAGAAACAACGUUCCGAA